AUGCUACUACAUAGUAUAUGCAGAGAUAUUAUCGUUACAUCUUGUCUUGGGUUCAUAAAAAAUAAGAACUGCAUAAGUAAUAACCUAAAAUUUAUUCGUCCAUUUGGGAGAGCAUAUUUCGAAGGUAAUAAUUACUUACUUGGUCAUUAUUGGGAUAGAAUACCUAGUAGCUUAUUGGUAAAAAUAGAUAGACGAAGAAGAAGGUACAUCACUGUGGGUAGUUACCAAGUGCGAGCUAAAAAAGAAGCUAGUAGAGUUGAAAAGAAUCAUCAAGAUAAGAGAAAAAAAAUGACCGAAGAGGAGACGACUAUUCUACCGGAUGAGCAGAAAUGCUCCGAAAGGGGUAUAGUACCCGCAAUGAAAAAAGAAACAUCGGCAGGUAUAGCAAACGGCUUGAACGGAAAAGAAGAAAGAAGAGUAAAAGAUGAAAGGGAUGUAAAAGAACCGAACGGUGAUAGGAAUGAAAAAGCAGUUUUGAAGAAGAAGAUAGACAAAAGCGCCAAACAGAUGAAGGGGAAAAAAGAAGUAAAGAAGAAAGGAACAGCUAAAGAGGGAGUGGUAAAGAGUAGUAUAUCACUGUCAUAUGCACCUAUCCCAAAAAACAUUGAACAGAGAUGGCAUGAUUUCAAUAAAAUAAGAGAAUAUGCAAAAAUUACGAAUGUUUAUUUAGGAGCACAUAUAUCAGCUUCAGGAGGAGUACAAAAUGCUCCAAUUAAUUCUUUUAAUAUUUCAGGUUUAGCUUUUGCAUUAUUUUUAAAAAAUCAGAGAAAAUGGGACAGUGCUCCUUUAACAUCUGAUAAUAUAAAGUUGUUUGAAGAAAAUUGUAAUAAGUACGAUUUGGAUAAAAAUUUUAUUCUACCACAUGGAUCAUACCUUAUUAAUUUAGCUAAUCCUGAUAAGGAGAAAAGAGAAAAAUCGUAUAUGUCCUUUUUAGAUGAUAUAAAAAGGUGUGAGCAGUUAAAAAUAAAAUUGUAUAAUUUUCAUCCCGGUUCAACAGUAGGACAAUGUUCACUAGAGGAAGGAAUAAAAAACAUUGCUGAUUGUAUUAACAGAGCACACCAAGAAACAUCUGGUGUUAUAAUUAUAUUGGAAAAUUCGGCUGGACAACGAAAUUCAGUUGGAUCAAAAUUUGAACAUCUACGAGAUAUCAUUUUACAAAUUAAAGAUAAAGAAAGGAUUGGAGUCUGCUUAGAUACCUGUCACACAUUUGCAGCAGGGUAUGAUAUAAAAACAUAUGAUAAUUUUAAUAAAGUCAUGGAACAAUUUGACAAAAUCGUUAAUGCAAAAUAUUUAAAGGCUGUUCAUUUAAAUGAUUCCAAAUCUGAUAUUGGGUCUGGUUUAGAUAGACAUGAAAAUAUUGGCAAAGGAAAAUUAACACUCGAUACAUUUAAGUAUAUUAUGACCUCCAAGUAUUUUAAAAACAUACCUAUAAUUCUUGAAACACCAGAUUUAACUAAUGAUGAGUCGGUUUAUAAAUACGAGAUCGAGUAUUUGUACAAACUGGGAUUGAAGCAGCAGGAGUAA